UUCUUAAAUUAGGGAUUAAGAAAAACACGAUAAGAUUAGUCAUUAAAUACUAAUAAGAAUUCGCAUUCCUUCAACUAAACCUUUCCAGAAAUAUUAGUAGCUUCCCAGUUCAAGAAACUGAACUUUUUUACUUAACCACAUAGUUCCUAAGUAUUCCUUUCCAAAUAAAUAAUGUUCCUAGCAAUCACAGGCUAUGCCUUAAUACAGAUCUGUUUUUAUUACACAGACAGACACACAUACUUUUUAUAGCACAGAAUAGUUAUUAUAUUUUUUCAAAAAAUGAAUUUGUUAAGGGCAUCAUCGUCGGGAAAAGUGGACCAUGUGCUGCCAAGCAAAUGGCAUGAGAAGCAUCCAAGCAUGGCAAGAGAUGUCGGUGCUGAUUUAUCUACAGCGCGCUCUACGCAAAUACGCUGUGUCAUACGUGUGCUGCAGGACUCGGUAGAUUGUGUGAAGAGUGCGCUCCUAUUGCCAAAACUGCUCAGGAGGCCGAGCAGUGUGGCAAAGAUCUUGCACGGCACCGAAUACCAGCCAGCCAUACGGCUGGUGGAGGACUACAUACGCCGGCGUGACAUUAUUGUGAAGGAGCAACGACAUCCGUUGAUGGAUCAUGGCAUGAUCAAGCUGAUUGACUACUUUCAGUGCCAUCCGGAUAUAUGCACACUGUUUCCCGACUAUCACAUGACACCGGAGGAUCGCAGGCUGCUGAUCGCCUUUGAGCAGCUGUUCGGCAUCUCUAAGCACCACUUGCAACGUAGCGCAAAGAAGGAGAUCAGCAAUGAGCAUGCGUUGCACAAGAUAUACCAAGAAAAUGAGCACAUCAAAGAUACCAUAAAGCACCUAAGGGCCUAUUUUGAAAGCCAAAAAUUGAAGCUGCGCUGGAAAAUGGCUGCAAAAGGCGCCUAUCUUCAAAAAUGCGAACUGAAGCUGGAAGAGAGGAAAAUGAAAAAUGUGUUGCGCAUGCAAAACGAAAGUGAAGCUUGCCAGCGCCAAAUCCAUGAGAAUCAGAAGAACAGCUUGGAAAAACAAAAACUGCUGGAGAUAGAGCUGGAAAAACUGCGUGUGGAAUACGAGAAUCAAACCAAGAGUAAUAUGCUGCUGGAGAAAUCGGCACGUGAAGAAAGAAACAAGCUGCAAAUCCAGUUAGAGGCCGCAAUAAAAAAAUACGAUCGCGUAAUCGGCGAAAAAAUGAUUGAGCAUUUGGAUUUGGAGAAUGAAUUGGUAGAGAAAAAAAAGUUGUUCGAUGCAUUUAUCCUGACCUACAAAGAAGAAGAAAAAGUUUACAAUAAUAUUGUUAUAAAACGCGAACAAGAAGAUGAACGCAAAAGGCAGCAAGCAAUCAUGUUGUACAGGAUGAAUCGAGCCGCACGCAAAAUUCAAAUCUAUUGGCGCGCAUGGCGCAAAUCGAUUCUUAAAAGAAGGCAUUAUCAAGCCGCUCGAUAUAGUAAGUUAUUGAGGACACAAAGGAAAAAGAAGUAGCUGUAAAGGACAAUGGAAGUUAUAUGCUAAAAUUAUCUAUUAAAUAUAUGCAUUGAGAUUGAACAAACAAUAAGCUUAGGAACGUUAUUUCAACUUGAUUCAAAUAAUAGUCCUAAGCUCAUUGUUAGUCAAACCAAAGACAGAUAUAAAUAAAUACAUUAAC